AUGAUAGGCACGGAAAGGGAAAGGAAGGCGUUGCGGCUGCCAUUCGUGUGCUGUGCUGCUCCCAGCCUUCCGCUCGAGGCCUGGACAGAGCUGGGUGGGUAUCGCCGUGAAUGGCCUGUCCACGCCACUGCCGUCAUCUCGCUGAAGAUCCACCAGCUGGCCGAAUUUCCCUGGAGUCCCAUUCCAGGCGUUGGCUGGGGGCUUGGAGGCUGGCGCCCGGUUUUGGGCUCAUCUCCUUUUUGGAGCUCGGUAAUUUGCGUCAUACGAGGAAAUGAAAAGAACCGCAGUAAUGAAAACAUUUGCCUCUCAUUAGAAGAAGCCUUCUCACUUUUCAAUGCACAUCUUCUGGACAAGGUGCCAGAUAAGGCCUUUGCAAAACUGAAAGGAGGCUCCUUCCUUACCUUGGAAAUCAGGACCACGCCUGCCCUGAGAAAUGCUUAUCUGAGGUGGGGCAGGCCUCUUCGUAUGAAUGCCCUGGUGGGUCCACGGUGGCAUAUAGAUCUCCAGCCUUGGGCGGGCCCUGCUCAGUCCCUGGAUGAAGAAGCCUGGAGGUUCCUGAGAUAUAUCAGCACCGCCCAGAUUGCAUGCAAUCACAUGAAUACAGACAGCCUGGCUACUGACUCUAGUCCUACACACAAGCCCUGGUCAGUGUGUCUUGACGACAGGUUCAAUUUAGCUCAUCAAAUCCGCAACAAGCAGUGCCGCCUCUACUCCUUAGGGCUGGGAAGUGAUGAUACCCAUUUUGAGGUCAGCAUGGCUAACAAUGGAUGUGAAGUGCAUCGUUUUGAUCCUAGUGUCAAGUCAGCUCACAUUCUGGAGAGUCAGCACCUUUGGUAUCACCGCUUGUCCAUUGACUGGCGGGAUCCCCAUCCAGCUGUUGCUGCCCAAAAACCACAUAGCAACACCAGAAAACUGGGAAGCAUUUUGAAUGAAUUUGGGCAUCACAAGAUUGACGUUCUCAAGGCAGAUCUGGAAAGUGCAGAAUGGAAAGUUUUGGAAAAUCUUAUUCUGGAAGGUGUUCUUGAGCGGAUUGGACAGCUCAUCUUUGAGAUCCAUCUCCACUGGCCUGGGUUUGAGGUCAGUGGCAGUGACAGCAGCGUCGUGAGGUUCUGGUACAGCCUUCUCAAAGAGUUAGAACAAAAGGAUUUCAGGCUUUUUCACAGUUAUAAAGAUUUAUCUAAACCUCAGCUAUUCUUGAAGAAAGACAUUUUCAAUGCAAGUAGCUGUUACACUCUGAGUUGGGUGAAUACAAGAUGGAAAUAGGAUGCAGGAUGUCCUCAAGAGCACAAGAAAAUAUUUGAAGAAUGGAGCAUGUCCGCGAUUCUAAUCAUGAGUUUACUCAUCCAGUCUCCCGCUAGCCUGUGCCCUGCUUGAGGCAGGGAGUGUGUUAUUGCCUUUGCAGUGCAUGCAGCCUGGUGCUUGGCAUGUGAUAGGGGCACAGUUAAUACUUGUCAAAGGGAGGAACACAGUCACCCCUAUUUGCCCAGACGCUUCUUUCACCGUAACCUGGAAGAUUAUCCCCCAUUCAUCUCAGUUUUCCCUAAAAUUCUCUGUGUAUCUGUAAUCUAUGAAUUCACCAACAUUGAAAUGAAAUUAUAUACAUUUCCUUUUUUACUAGGUUGGUGAGAUUUUUAAGUUCUUCGCCUACUGUUUAAAAUAGGGUUUUAAAUUUGAAUUUGACUCUGCUUUUUCAAGAUUUUUCUUAUUUACCUUGUCAGUGAUAUUCUUUACAACAUUGUUGAUUUCAGUCAUUCCUUCUCAGCCUUUGCUGAGGCCGUGCUGUGGCUUUAUAAGCAGCAAUACUUCUGAUUUCUGGGAAUUCGGAUGCACCAAAUUCUGUCACUGAGUUAAAGAGACUAGACUAUCAAGAGUUUCAACUCGAAGGUGUAAGUUCCAGUUCGAGACCAAGUCUGAAGGCAGGAGACCCAUGUCCCAGCUUGAAGAUAGCCAGACAGAAUGAAUUCUUCCUUACUCUGCCUUAGGUUCUAUUUAGGCCUUCAGGUGGUCGAAUGAGGUCCACUCACACUGAGGUGAAGAAUCUGCUUUAUUCAGUCUACUGAUUUAAAUAUUAAUCUCAUCUAGAAAUAUCCUCAUAGAUAUACCUAGAAUAAUGUUUAACUAAAGAUCUGGACGCCCUUUAGUCAAGAUGACACAUGAAAUUAACCAUUGUAGGUAGGUAGGUAGAUGGAUAGAUAGAUAGUUAGAUAUAU